GUGCACGGGGGCGCUGCGGUCUCCGUGCUGGUGCUGCUCGCCGUAGAGGCCGCAGCCCACAUGGGCACUCCGAAGCUUGCGGCCGUGGCGUCCGCGAUACCGACUGGAAUGCCACUUGCUCUUUUCAGCCGCGUAGGCUCCUGGCUCCGCAGCCAGGCCGGGGCUGGGCCUGCCAGCGGAGCCGUGGCCGAUUUCUCGGACGCAUGCUUGCGGGGCAGCAUCGGCACCGUCGCUUUUGCGAUGGCAAUGCGAACAGUGGCGCGACGUGGUGGUGCAUGGUAUUGGAUGGUCCUUGCAGGUUAUGCAGCGUGGCUGGCCGCAUGGUGGUUGGUCGCCAUCCUGUUCGAGCCGAGCCAGGCCGAGAAGAGGGACGCCUGA